CGCGCCUCAGUAGUAUCACCCGGGCUGGCUGUCGGGGAGAGGCAUUCGCUCUCUGUGCUUCGUUUGUAGCUGACGUGACUUUCUACACUCAAACCUACCAUUAUGGCUGAUGUUGCUGCUGCCCCCGCUGCUGUCAAGACUCCCAAGAAGAAGGCUGCUGCCAAGCCGAAGAAGGUUGCUGCACAUCCUACUUAUUUGGAGAUGAUCAAGAAAGCUAUUUCAUCCUUGAAGGAAAGGGGUGGUUCUUCCCGACAGGCUGUUCUGAAAUACAUCCUGGCCAACUACAAAGUUGGUGACAACCAGGUCGCCAUCAAUGCUCGCAUCAAGACUGCUUUGAAAAAUGGAGUCAAUAACGGCGCACUGAAGCAAUCAAAGGGAACUGGAGCUGCUGGGUCCUUCCGUCUUGGCGAGGUAAAGAAAGCUGAAAAACCCAAGAAGGCUAAGCCAGCUGCCAAGCCAAAGAAGGCUGCCAAAUCUCCCAAGAAAGUCAAGAAGCCAGCUGCUGCCAAGAAACCUAAGACAGCCGCUAAGAAGGCCGCCAAGUCACCAAAGAAGGUGAAGGCUGCAGCCAAGCCAAAGAAGGCAAAGACCCCUAAGAAGGCAGCGGCCAAACCCAAGAAGGUCAAGACCCCCAAGAAGAAGGCAACCAAGCCAAAGAAGGCAUAAGCUCUCUUUGUCUCGCCUUCGCUCCACAUUUCUGUGGUCCAAAGGCCCUUUUCAGGGCCAUCCAAAUACCCCAAAAGAAAACUUGAAAACAGUGAUAACAAAACAAUGCUAUUUAUUUCAGCAGUAUAUCAGUAAGAAAGAAUGCGUUUUUGUGAUAACAGGUAUGGUGUGAAUGAUGGGUUAGACUGAUCAUAAUUAAAAAUUCAGCCUUAGCAAUAACUUCUUUGCCCGACAGUAAGUACACAGAGAGGGUAGCAAUACCGAGGUACCCAUCAAACUCAAAGGUGAGGCAAAUGCCGUUGAUCAAGGAGGCUGCCUGUAAAAACCUAUACAUUGAGCAAAGAAGGAUUUGAUGAGUAUGUUCCUAAAUUGAUAUUAUAGUGGGAGUUCUAAACCCUAUCUAAUG